CGCGUCCCCCCCUGGACGAGCCCAUGCGCCACAAUCGAGACGCGGAAUUUUGACCGUUCAAGUAAACCUCCAGCUACCGACGAAACAACAAAUUGAAAAUCUCAUUCUUUUUGACCGAACAAACUUUACUAAUUCAUCCCGAUUUCGAAUAAACAUUUCCCCGAUUUGAAUUACGAUUCACGAAUACGAAUUCUGUGCCGCAUCGUCCCUUAACCUACUCUUCCCUGACCGGUCCCGGACUGGAUUGUGUCGCCUCCCUUCCGUCCCUGAGUUCCGCCGGUGCGACCGUGUCAGCGUGUGAGGGAAAAAAGGCAAAAAAUAAAUAGGAGGAGGGUGAAGCAAGAUGCAAUGUCGUAUCCACCGGCCAAGCGACAGCGAUCUAACACGUCGCGAGAAACCGCCAACGGCACCCCGCAGACCGCAGCUCCCGCUCUGCGACAUCACCAAGUCAACCCAAACCUCAGCUUAUAUUCACCCACAGGUUACGAGAAUGGAGCAUACUCUCUCCAGCCUACCGCUCGACAGGCAGUUGCCUAUAACCCUUAUUCACCAGGUCCGGUGACCAAUUCAACUGGCGGAUAUCCCGGGACGUACCAAACCUCGUCGGCGGCCUACAGCGCUGGUCCCUAUAGCCCCCAACAGCAGGCGAACACUUUCGCGGCACAUUACUCACAGGCGCCCCCUAAUGGACACAUGGCCUCUCACCCUACACAUUAUACGCAAGCAAGCGUAAACGGAAUCCGCAAUGGUAACUUUGCGGAAGCACAAGCCCAAACACAGACACAGACGCUCUUACAAAGUCAAUCACCGCAGCCGGGAACAGGUGGAACGUAUUCUCCAGUACCGACAAAUCACCAUGUCACAAGCUACCAACAUCAACAACAGCAGCAGCAGCACCAACACCAACAACCACGUACUAAUCCUCCUACGACUACAAUACCACAACAUCCGCAGCAUGCCCUGUCGCAGUAUGGAGAGCCAUAUACUACUCAACCUACGGCGCAUGCCCCGACAUAUCACACCAAUGCCAAUUCCUAUUCAGAUCCUUCCGCUUUAAAUUCACACUUCAGCCCAGCACAUCUACCGAGUCCAGCGCAUUUACAUAGCCCUGCUCAACUACCGACCCCUAUACAUCAAAAUGGGAACGGUCACACACCCGAAGAUUUACCUGAGGACGACGAGGACGAGGAUGCGCUAGGUGAAAUGGCGGACGACUCUACAGAGGUAUACACCAACCCCGAUCUAUCUAAAACGUCGAUACCAUCGAUACCAUCUGUCCCUACGCCACCAGUCGACACAUCGUCCAGAGGUAGCCAACGAUUUAAAAAGUGUUCGUGUAAGACAGGGCGCGGGGAUAAGAAAGCUUGCGUGUUCUGUGUGUGUAGCAAGCAAGGACUAAGUUGUAAUCCGACCUGCUCAUGCGCUGAUGCCUGCGCGAACCCCUUCACGGAUCUGACGCAGUUCUUCGGAUCACCACCCGCUUUCCCUAAGCCGUGCGGCGCCAAUGCGUGCUUUGCCACUUGGCUUUGUAAUCAGCCGAAUGUGGAGGAACUGGAUAUGGACCUAAUAAUAGAUAUCCUGCUUUACGACGAUACGUCAUGGGCAUCUAUUCGGGAAUAUACCGAGCCAUUCAAGAAGUGGGAGGAUAGCUGGAAGAGAGCUCGUGGUGGUAAGAGAAAGAAGAACCGUGAAGAACGUGAGCGCCUUGAGUUCGACCUAUUACGGGGUGCUUUGGGCAAUUGUAACCAGAAUGACUUCCACGGUCACUGGUAUAGCUUUUGUCGGGGUGGUUGGCUUCCCACUGACCUCUGGGACCAUUGUCAAGAGUGCCGUCUCUGCAAACCCAGUCAGGAAUGGCAUUGUGACAAACAUAAUCGUUGCACAACAGAACGCGUCUGUCAAGAAUGCGCAUCCGCCGUACCGUAUGGAAACAUGUUGGCAUAUCCAGAUCCUGGCAGCUAACUCAGAAUUCGGGGGAAAGCCUGUACCUGGCUUGAAAAACAAUUGCUCUUUUUUAUUCCUCUUCAAGGACGCUUCGGAAGGGUGGACUCGGAUAGAUAACGCGCAUUAAGGGGUACACACAACGGGAUUUACAACUUGCUUAUAUAUACCUUGCAUCCGCAGCUAGAGUGCGUAUAUCAGCAUGAAGGAAAUAAAUGGAGCUUUUUAAGUUGUAAGCAGAUCGAUCAAUCAAGGCACGUACAGAACUAGAGGAUACUAUUAUACAUACUAUAUACGAGGGCAGAGUCUAAGGCCAACCCGGCUCUUGCUCUCAUAUUGCGAAC